ACAUGUUCAAGAUCACACUUGCAUACGAAGAUUAUUCAUAGAAAAUGGGCUCAGCGAAGACAUCAGCGGCAGACGGCAAUGCUCCCUUGAGAAUAUUUCUCAUUCAAUCGGCACAUGGACUUUUUGCCUCUUCUGGGGGGUUCAGGGCAAAUAUGGCCUUCUGCCGAGCUAUGGCUGCAGCAGGGCACGAGGUUAAGAUGCUCGCCCUCCCGCAUAAGGAUGACCUGGCCUUGAUAUCCAACCACACGACAGACGGGCGGAGACAUUUUGGAAGUUAUGAAGUGGAAGUUUUUCGGUUUUCUUAUAAAGGGAUUGAAGUCGUGGGACUUGAGGUAGAACAAUAUGCGAAUGCGAUGGAAAAUCCGCAAGUGAAGGCACAACAUGUCGCUUGGUUAGAGAACAAAGUAGAUGUGCCCGAGCUAGACGCCAGACUUUCAUUCGUUCAUGAGGAAAUUGCCGCAUUCCGGCCAACACAUUUGCUGAUGAACGAACCGAGCUCUUUGAAAAUUGCGAUGGACGACAAAUUAAAGCAUCCUUGCAUACGAGUAUUUAUUGCCCAUGACUGCAACAACCUCCCAUUUGGUCCCUUUUCCGUUGAUGGUCCGGGAGACGCCCAACUUGCCCGAUUACGGGAAGUUGAGGGUCUUUGGACUGUAAGUAAAGCGCUCAAGCAGUACUUCCUUGAGUUCGGGCAGCUAGACAACGCCAAAGUACUACCCAACCAUCCAUGGAUAUUUUCCGAUGAGCCCGAAAAGUUGCCCUUUUAUGAUAACUGGGACAAAAAGUACGUCUGCGCUAUCAAUCCCGGAGCCGCAAAAGGCUUUCAUAUCGUCCAUGCUGUAGCCCAAUCAAUGCCGGAUGUAGAGUUUUUGGUGACCAAAUCGUGGUCUAUGACAGAACACGUCAUAACGAAGUUUGAAGAAUUGCCGAAUGUCUUAGUUGAGGAAUCUGUCAAGGACAUGGAGAAACUUUGGUGCCGGACAAAGGUCCUCAUUGUCCCAUCGAUAUGCUAUGAAGCAUUUGGACUUGUAGUCGUGGAAGCACUGCUGAGAGGGAUUCCCGUCAUCUCGUCCGAUGCAGGGGGAUUACCAGAGGCGCAUCUCAAUACACCUUGGGUGAUUCCCGUUACCCCACUAACUGGUGAGAAGGAGACUGACCCGGAUCUAAUUGAGAAAUUCGGGCAGUGGAAGAUACCUAUGAAUGACCCAGAGCCGUGGGUCCUUACACUUCACAAAUUGCUGUGGGAUAGAGACACAUAUAUGGAGAUUCGCAAACAAGGGAGAGACGCGGCGUUUGAGUACAUGAAGCAACUUGAUACAAGGGUUUACGAAGACUGGUUGCAAAGUCUACAUCGUUGCAGAUAGACAUUAUGUAGAAGACCACUUUGUACAUAUUCAAUUCAUGUGAACAAAAGUGCAGAACAGAAUAUGAUAUAUAAGGAACAAUGAAUACAAUCGAUG